AUGGAUCCUAACAGAGAUCCCGAUAAAGUUGUUGACGAGAGUUGCUGGAGUGACCUCGAGUUCUGCAAGAACACUAAGAACUGGUAUUGCUAUGGUAAAACCGUGGCUGAGCAAGCAGCUUGCGACACGGCCAAGGAAUUAGGGGUUGACCUUGUCGUCGUCAACCCUGUUCUCACGCUAGGCCCCUUGCUCCAGCCGACUGUCAACGCGAGUGUCCUUCACAUACUCAAGUACCUAACGGGGUCCGCCAAGACCUACGCCAACUCCAUCCAAGCCUACGUGCACGUUAAGGACGUGGCGUUGGCCCACCUACUCUUGUUCGAGGCGCCCGAAGCUUCCGGAAGGUACUUAUGCGCGGAGAGCGUGCUCCACCGUGGCGACGUCGUGGAGAUUCUCGCCAAGAUCUUCCCCGAGUAUCCUAUCCCGACCAAGUGCUCAGAUGAAACGAACCCAAGGAAAAAGGCAUACAAAUUUUCAAACCAGAAGCUUGUUGAUUUGGGCUUGGAGUUCACGCCCGUUAAGCAGUGCUUAUAUGACACGGUCAAAAGCCUUCAGGAAAAAGGCCACCUUCCUAUCCUAAAUCAGAAUGAUGCGUCCAUUCGUAUCCAGUCUUAG